GUUCCACGAAGCGGUAGGGUCUUUCUGCCUCGCCUUUUCCUCGCUGACCCGGGUCCCCGCUCCCGUCCGAGUGCCAGCUGGCAGGGCGAGCGCUGGAAGCCCUUCUGCGCCCGUUGCGGGGAUCCCGGAGCGGGGCGCGAGGCGCGGGGCCGCUCCCGCGCCGGCACAUGGCUGCAGCCGCCCCGCGCACACCCCGAGGCGCCGCGCCCAGCUUGCCCGAGGUCCGUCGGCUGAGCCCGCCCGCCCCGGAGCCAAGCAGCGACUGAGCGGGGAGGAGCCCGCGCCCGGGCAUCGGGAUGAUCCUCCUCGUCCUGCUCGGGCUAGUUUCCUACUAUGUUGGAACCUUGGGGACUCACACUGAGAUCAAGAGAGUGGCAGAGGAAAAGGUCACUUUGCCCUGUCACCAUCAACUGGGGCUCCCAGAAAAAGACACCCUGGAUAUCGAAUGGCUGCUCACCGAUCAUGAAGGGAACCAAAAAGUGGUGAUCACUUACUCCAGUCGUCAUGUUUACAAUAACUUGACUGAGGAACAGAAGGGCCGAGUGGCCUUUGCUUCCAAUUUUCUGGCAGGAGAUGCUUCCCUGCAGAUUGAGCCUCUGAAGCCCAGCGAUGAGGGCCGGUACACCUGCAAGGUGAAGAAUUCAGGGCGCUAUGUGUGGAGCCACGUCAUCUUAAAAGUCUUAGUGAGACCAUCAAAACCCAAGUGUGAAUUGGAAGGAGAGCUGACAGAAGGAAGUGACCUGACUUUACAGUGUGAGUCGUCCUCUGGCACAAAGCCCAUUGUGUAUUACUGGCAGCGAAUCCGGGAGAAGGAGGGAGAGGAUGAACGUUUGCCUCCCAAAUCUAGGAUUGACUACAACCACCCUGGACGCGUCCUGCUGCAGAAUCUCACCAUGUCCUCCUCUGGGCUCUACCAGUGCACAGCGGGCAAUGAGGCCGGGAAGGAGAGCUGUGUGGUGCGAGUGACUGUUCAGUAUGUACAAAGCAUCGGCAUGAUUGCAGGAGCGGUGACAGGUAUGGUGGCUGGAGCCCUGCUGAUUUUCCUCCUGGUGUGGCUGCUAAUCCGACGGAAAGACAAAGAGAGAUACGAGGAGGAAGAGAGACCGAAUGAAAUCCGAGAAGAUGCCGAAGCCCCGAAAGCCCGCCUUGUGAAACCCAGCUCCUCCUCCUCGGGCUCUCGGAGCUCACGCUCGGGCUCCUCCUCCACGCGCUCCACGGCUAACAGCGGCUCCCGCAGCCAGCGGACACCGUCCUCGGAAGCGGCGCCCCGGCCAGGGCUGGCUACCCACACCUACGGUCCCGUGGGGCCGGAGGCAAGAGGGUCUGAACCAAAGAAAGUCCACCACGCUACCCUGACCAAAGCAGAGAGCACUCCCGGCACGAUCCCCAGCCAGAGCAGAGCCUUCCAAACUGUCUGAGUUCGGGCGGACUUGACUCCCAUCCUUUCCCAGGAGUCAGGACUCUUCUCGUCAUUGACGCCCAGUCACCAGCCACACAACCGCCUCGGACCAAACGAGAGGUCAUUUAAGUUGCAGUGACCAUUGCAUGGGAGAUUCAAAUGAACACUUUCCUCAUAUGACACCAAACAAGGAAAAGGAUGUAAGCUGAUGGUCUCCAAAAAGGCAUCUCACUGUGCCUUUAGACCAGAGUGGGGGCCAAAUCUGUGCAUUUGGGGACCAGGACCUGUGGUGAGAAAGGCUGGGGAGAGGGGAAGUGAACACACUUAGAAUUCCUCACUUGGGCUGUUUUGUGUCAACACUUUGACUCACCACUGUUAAGAAAUGAGGUGUUGUUCAUAAAUUUUCUAUGCAUUUCUGCAAACCUACUGGAUUGCUAUGAUUAUUCAGAGUCAAGCAGAACCCACAGCCUUAUAUCACACCUAUCUGCACCAUGAAAAACUCCAAAAAAGGAAACAAGUCUCUUCCAUCCUGACCUGACUUUAUUUACCAGAAAGUUUGGAUAUUAAUUUCAAGAGGAGUUGAGAAAUAGUGGGAGAUGGAGAAUGACUGAGAUUUUCCCACUCUGUUCACUACUAAUCUUCCUACUUAUAUUGAACUAAAAAAAAAGGGAGU